CUCAGCACCCUUCCUCCCCAUCCCCUCGGUACCAUCAUGUCUUGGGUCGCAUCCCGAGCCAAAUCGUUCUACAAUGACAAGCGGCAGCAAGUCGUGCUCUUCUCGAGCACGGCGAUAGCGCUGUACGGAUAUGACCAGGGCAUGAUGUCUCUGAUUAACACGAACCACGACUAUCUCGCGCGCAUGGGCAUCAGCGCGGAUGAUCCAAUGGUCGGUAUGGUAGUUUCCGUCUAUUACCUAGGCUGCGCCGUUGGUGCCGUCGGCUACUCGUGGUUUGCCGACCGUUAUGGGCGCAAAAAGUCUAUUUUCCUCUGUCUCGCGACUGCGAGUUUGGGCAACUUGAUCAUGUUUGUCGCGGGCCUGUACUAUCAUCGGGGCGCGCUCGCCGUUAUGUUACUGGGGCGCGUCAUCAUGGGUCUGGGCGUCGGCGGUAUAGACAGUGUCAUACCCGUGUACAGUGCUGAAUUGUCUGAAGAUGAUGCCAGAGGUAGAGCUUUGGGACAAGAGUUCCAAAUGAAUAUCUUCGGCCUCAACAUGGCCUUUGGUAUUAACCUGGGCAUCACCGUGGCUCUCGGCAAAGAAAACCAAUGGGCAUGGAGAGUCCCUAUCAUUGUCAUGCAGGCAUAUCCCCUGUUGCUGUUGGCCUUUAUUGAGAGGUUGCCCGAGAGCCCUAGAUGGUUCAUUUACCACCAAAGGGAUGAAGAUGCCAAACUAGCCUGCGAGGAUCUCGAUCCCGGCAGUGGUGACAAGAAGUUCGAGGAGCUGAGCGAAAGCCACAAGCAAGAGGCGGACAAGCAUGUCGGGUACAAAGACAUGUUCACCCCUGGCCAUCCGCAGUUUCACCCGACCAUGGUCACCAUCAUGUGCCAGGUGAACCAGGCUUUGACAGGUUACGGCGCUGUGUCGGUAUACGGUCCUCAAAUAUUCGAACUCCUGGGCUUCGGCGUCCGACAGGCCGAAUACUUGACGCAAGGGAACUACCUCUCGUACCUGUUCCUCAUGACCUUUGCCUGGCUCUUGAUCGAUGCUGUUGGGCGACGUAAACUAAUGAUCAGUGGUAGCAUUGUGCUUACCAACUGUUUCCUCCUCUUGGCCAUUUUAGGUGGCCUUGCCAUGAAUGUGGAUAACUUGGAGCACGUCCAUGGCCUUGCCGUUGCCAUCCCUGGCAUUGUGACCUUGUUUACCGCCACAGGGGCAUUCGGAAUAGGUUGGCUUGCUACCGUCUGGCUGAUACCGACCGAGCUUUACCCUACGACGGCGCGAGCGCAGGGCACUGCCAUCAGUGUCGUUAUUUGGGGUCUGGCCAACUUCACCGUCACCCUUAUGACUCCGAUCAUGUUUAACAAUCUCGAGUAUUGGAUAUUCAUCGUCUUCGCUGUGACAAACGCGAUGGCAGGUAUUUGGACAUGGAUGUAUCUUCCCGAGAGCGGAGGGCGAAGCUUUGAGGAGAACCAGCAGUUCUUCGAUGAUGCUGCGGAUGCUGGAACGUGGAGAGUCAAGAAGGUUGACGGGGGGAGUUACUUGAGAAUGCCUUAUCCGAACAGCGGAGACCACUCUGGAGAGAGGGAGCCGCUGCUCAGCAGAGUGAGGGAUCAACUGCCCUGAGCGACGGUGUAGUACAGUCAGAGGGGGAUAUUGUUUCCAUCCCCCAGUGAGUGGUACUAUCUAGAAGCGAAGUAAUCCAAGUCGCUUUGGAUGGGUGUUAGCGAUACUGCGAUUGUGCCUGUAUACUCUUAUAAGCAGACAAGAACGCACCC